AUCACCGGUUCGUUCCUUUCUUCGCGGUACUUCAGCGAGAACAUGUCAUAUAACUCAUCGGAUGAAAAUAGGUCUCGAAAAGAGGCUGAUGAACAAUAUCAGGAUGAAUGUAUCCAGCCAAUCGUCCAGCAGUCUGAAAACUCGGACUAUGUCGUGGAUGUCAUUGAAAGCUUUGAUGAUAUGAACCUGAAUGAACCCUUGCUCAGAGGAAUUUAUGCCUAUGGUUUUGAAAAGCCUUCUGCUAUUCAGCAGAGAGCCAUCAAGCCCUGCAUUGAUGGUGUCGAUGUGAUUGCACAGGCCCAGUCUGGUACAGGAAAGACUGCUACCUUCUCGGUAGCAAUCCUACAGAAACUUGAUGUAAACAGCAAAUAUUGCCAGGCUCUGGUCUUGGCCCCAACCAGAGAGUUGGCACAGCAGAUCCAGAAAGUGGUGGUUGCCCUGGGAGACUACAUGAAUGCCUCUUGUCAUGCCUGUAUUGGCGGUACAAAUGUUCAGGCAGAUGUAGCCAAGCUGAAGGCUGGUGUACAAAUUAUUGUGGGUACACCAGGCCGUGUCUAUGAUAUGAUCCAGCGCAAAGCUCUAGACCCUUCAACUAUUGAUCUGUUCAUCCUGGAUGAGGCAGAUGAGAUGUUGUCAAGAGGGUUCAAAGAUCAGAUCUACGACAUUUUCAGAUUCUUGAAAGAAUCUAUACAGGUCAUCCUGUUGUCUGCUACAAUGCCUGCUGAGGUUUUGGAAGUUACCACCAAAUUCAUGCGAGACCCUGUCCGCAUCUUGGUGAAGAAAGAUGAACUUACCCUUGAUGGUAUUAAACAGUUUUAUGUAAAUGUGGAAAAAGAGGAAUGGAAACUGGAUACCCUCUGUGAUUUGUAUGAAACUUUGACAAUCACGCAAGCUGUCAUCUUCUGUAACACAAGAAGGAAGGUCGACUGGCUGACUGAGAAGAUGUUGCACAGAGACUUCACCGUUUCAUCCAUGCAUGGAGAGAUGGAUCAAAAGGAACGUGACGUGAUUAUGAGAGAGUUCCGUACUGGUUCUAGUCGUGUUCUCAUCACCACAGAUCUUUUGGCUCGAGGUAUUGAUGUUCAGCAGGUAUCUCUCGUCAUCAAUUAUGAUCUUCCGGCUAACAGGGAAAACUACAUCCACAGAAUUGGUCGUGGUGGACGAUUUGGUCGUAAAGGAGUUGCAAUUAACUUCAUCACAUCAGAGGAUAAACGUCCCCUGAAGGACAUUGAACAAUUUUACAAUACAAAUAUUGAGGAAAUGCCAAUGAAUGUAGCAGAUUUGAUCUAGAUAUUGCAAUCGUGGUUGGAGUCGAGUGGAGAUACAGCAUCUCAUCAAUGUGUAUAUCGCAAUCAGGUGUACACUCAACGUGGAAUAUUGUCUAUUGGACAUUGUAUACUACAACAUAUUUUGUGCCCGGAAAAUGAACAUUUUGGAUUUCUCAUGAAGAAAUCUUGACAUUAUAUGAUAAGACUAGUGCGUACCUUUUUGAAGGACAGCCAAGUUUUAUGAUAUCAUAGAUAUACUGAGGACAUUGUUAAAGACCCUUUGUGGUUAAUCCUAUUGAUUAUUUGUAAUUACUGGAGUACACAUUUUUAUAGUUAUUGAACACUAUCAAUAUUAAUAGUGUUUUUCUCAGACAUUAAAUUAUUUUAGUAGUGCUAGGACAGUUUGGUGCCUGGACAAAGAAUUUUUUUUUUUUAUAUAUAUAAACGUUUUGUUCUCGUGAUAUUUUUUUUUUUUUUGUAUAAACUUAUUGAAACUUGACAGGUGCAAAUUGUUGGUGUGGUCAAGUGGUCAACAGUUGUUCAGUGUUUUAUUUAUAGUCUCUUUUCUCUACAGUGAACUUGUUGGCACUUUGCUGCAGCGCACACAAAUUACAACAUUUUCCGACUGCCUACAUCAAAUUAACACUUAUCUGUGCUUACUCAACUGUGAAAUACUGAUCAAUUGGUUUGUGUCAAUUUUUUUUUUUCCCGACAAAAACAAUGUACAGCGUGCCAGUAAAACACAACAUGUGCUGGUCGAAUCCAAGAUGGAAAAGAACAAUGUUCUGGGCAUACAACACCUGCCAACCUGUGAGUUAUGUGACAUGUGAAAAAGAUUCAAACUAUAGAUGUAUUAAAAAUUGUUGUACAAACCACA